GGGUCGAGUCGCGCUCUCUCUCCCCCGUGCGCGGCCCGGCGCCCCUCUCUCUCGCCCAACCCCGGACCCGGCCCGCAUUCAUGAAAAAACUGCCCACAGUAGUAAAAGUAGGGAGGGCGCAAAGAAUAUUGACAAAAAGAAAAAAAAGAGAGAGGGGAAAAAAUCGGGGAAAGAAGGAAAAAAAGACCGUUCCCAACUUUGAUGUGCCAGUUUAGUUCCCGUCUCCGACUCCGUAGCCCACACGUUCCUCUUCGACACCUCUCGCUCCACUUCUUACGUUCUUGCGUCCUUACGUGCGCCCGACCUCAACUUCUCCGCUCGCACCGCAGCAGUGUUUUCCGCUCCCAUAGUUCCGUACCAACCGCGGCUUACUUCUUUGCGUCUCCGUCGGUUCUGCGUCGCCUCUCUUCGGUUGUGUUCUCCACGUCUUCCUCUCGGCCUAUGGAUACGUCUGUUGGUGGCUGUUGAAUGUGUUUUGUGUUGUUUCCGCGGUGCGUCGAUGAUCGAAGCUGAUCGCCAAUGCAUUUGCCCCGGGAUCGCUCCAAGUCGAAGGCUAUGAACGGGGACCUCCUGGCGGGUCUCCACGAGGCCCUGCAGGAGUACCACGGCGAGCUCGUGCAGACCGGGAGCCCGGCCAUCCUCUGCUCGGCGCUGCCCACCCACUGGCGCUCCAACAAGUCCUUGCCCAUCUCCUUCAAGGUCAUCGCCCUUGACGAUGUCGCCGACGGCACCCUCGUCUCCAUCCGCGCCGGCAACGACGAGAACUACUGCGCCGAGCUCCGCAACUGCACCGCCGUCAUGAAGAAUCAGGUGGCCAAAUUCAACGACCUCCGAUUCGUCGGCAGAAGUGGCCGAGGAAAAAGUUUUUCUUUAAACAUUGUGAUAAGUUCUUCGCCAUUCCAAAUAGCAUCGUACAAUAAAGCAAUUAAAGUUACGGUUGAUGGACCUAGGGAGCCUCGCUCUAAAUCAAAUUUUCAAUAUUUACCUGGACAGCAUCCAGGUUUUAGUCCUUUUUCAAUGUUACCUAGUCAAUGGUUAGAUGCAGCUUACAUGAGUUACUGGCCUGAAUAUUUUAGACAACCUUCAUCUCAACAAUUGUGCAAACUUGCUGCUUUAUGUCCUAAAGGCGGAGCGAUGACAGCCGGUGCUCUGACGAACCCAGCGGACAUGUACAUGGCCCCGCACGGGUUCCUGGCGGGCGGCGGGUACCCGACGAGCCUCCUCCACUUCCCCUCGCACCCGGCCGACCUCAUCAACAGGACGACGUUACCCCACCACAACCUCAUGCUCAACAAAUCCCCGCACGAGCUGGACAAGCUCUCGCGGCCGCUCCUGGGGCACUACCCCGACCUGAGCAAGACUUCGCCGCGGAUCACGGAGCUGAGCGUGUCCCCGCACGACAUCAGUCAGAGGCAUCGCAGCGUCUCCCCCAAGACGGCGGCGUCGGUCAGCGACGAGGACGCCGUCCGCAGCGAGGAGGACAGGUCGCAGAGUCCGCCCGGCGACCAGGUCAAGUCGGCCUUCCAGCAGGUCCGCGCGCUCAAGAAGUCGAGGAGUCCUCCUCCGAUACCCUCCGGGUCGCCGCCGGCCAACACCACCGACACCCUCCUACCUUCCUCCGCCGGAAAAAUCACCUCCAAAACGAAUCAUAAUAAAGUCUCCGUCUGGAGGCCCUAUUAGUUUUUAACCUAUUCCGCGUCUUGUCAUGCAUCAGUCACGCGCGUCGUAGAACCUCUGUCAACCCACACUUCACUGGAAAAAAAAGAAUCUUAAA